AUGGAACGCUGCGGUAAGCUCCCAACUGCAGCAGUACGAGUCACGAUGAGCGUAUUCCAGUACGGGCUCAAGGAUAAGUUCCUCACCAAGGAGGAACUCUACGAAUUUCGUUUCCUCACAACUGUACUGGCCUGGACGAAUCCUCUUAAGAAGAACGCCACGGUCAGUACGAAUACUACCGAUUCCGGGCAGUCAAACAACAAGCUAUACCCGUUCGCAGAGAAGCUUACCAACUUGUUGGUCCGUGAUGUGGAAGUUGUCGCCGUGACAGCAUCAGACGCAGGAGAGAUUCUGUUCCAAACAGUGUGCGAUGACAGCGGCGUAUUGCUCACAGAAGAUGAUACUGCCUCUGAAGCGGAAGAAGAGAGCGAGCCAGGUCCUGCAGCGGCUGUUGGGUAUGUGCAGGGCCUUUGCAAUGAACAGCGAAGCAAGACGUUGGACGAGCAAGAGCAUCACCCUGCCCUACAAGUCCAUAUUCCAUUGACUACUGCCGAUGAUAUGGGAGACUCAAUCGGCUGCUGGUUGCUUUCCAAGACAGAGAGACAUCUGGAAGGAGUGACGCAUCCCCGGACAACUGUCAGUUUCUCUCAGCAUGCAGCCAAUCUCGUGCACUUGAUCAAGGCAACCUACGAACAAACAUCAAAGAGUACAGCUGCAUUGGCCAGAGACAAUUUACGUAACUACGUGCUCUUGACCUCGACCGCCAAGAUAGCUUCGCGCAUCCAGAAAGGCAGCAAAGACCGCAACUUUUACGACUAUCUAAGCAAGCCUGGCGAUGACCUUGAUAACUUCAUGCUGCAGGAAGGUUACCACUUCAGGUCAUUGCUUCUGGGUGACGCCCGCGAUGUUCUCAACUCAAACUUUACCGAAAUCCAGCGGAAAGUGAUCGUUGCAGCGAUCGGGUUUCUGGAACGUCGGUCAUCAGCCAAUGCAGACAAACUGCCCUGCCGUACUCAAGAGGCACUGGAAAAUACCCGAAAAAUCAUCAAACCACUCACCCAGUUCAAGGACCUCCUGAACACCGGCGAAUCGACUGUCUACAACCAACAUACUGCUAGUCUUUUGCAGGACAUUCUUAGUGCUGUGCUCGACAACCUAGUUGCCUGCUUCGAGUGGCUCGCAGCUGCACUGCGAAACGCACAAUUGUUCAAGAGCAGCAAUUACGACGCACUUCCAGGAAGUCCCGCAAGCGACGAAAUUGCACUACUACUACUACUAGGUCUAUUCUAG